AUUAAUUCACAGUGAAAUAUUAUGUUUGUCAAUUCGUUUUCAGAGUAAAACAAACAUAUUUUUUUUCAGAUUCUGGAUUCAAACUUGUUUGUAAUGACCAUUAUGGUCAUCGUCAACUGUAUAUGAUCGCCAGCGUUUCUCGCCACCCUUUGUCGCCACCCAAUGUCGCCACCAUUUCUUGCAACCGUAUCUCGCCAUCCUUUCUCGCCAUCGUUUCUCGCUACCGUUUUUCUAUCAAGGAUUGUUUUAAAACGUUUGGAAUAUUUGCCAGGAGACAAAGAAAAUGAAGCGAAAGAGGCAGUCAAUAACAUUAAAGGAUUUUCUACCUUCUUCAUCUACUUGUUUAAAUAAUACUUCAAAUUCUUCAAAAUGUCCUGCUACUGCUGCAUGUGGGAAUAGUUCGAAUAAAAAUAAGGAAAAUGCGAAACGACGUCGUGCCGAUAAAGAUAAGAAGGAUACCAAUUUAAAGAAGACUAAGAAAGAUGAUUCUUUGGAAAAGAAUAAAAAGAAAGUUACUAAAAAGAGAACGGCGAACAAUGAGGAAGAUGAAGAACCUCCUAUGGAUGAGAGAAAAAGGAAGCGACUCAAACGAUUGGGAACUCGAAAGUCAACUGUCAAAAUAUUCUUGGGCACCAUAUGUAAAUCAAAUGCCGUAAAGGAGAGAAUAAUUGAAGAUGCGAAAAUAGUAUCCAGAAUGAGAAUAGAAGUCUCUUUGAUGGCGUUGCAGUCUCUUUAUCAUGACACAAAUCAUUAUUUGCUUGAAAAGUGGACGAACGAUGGUCCCAAUUAUUUAGAACUCUUUAUUGCGUUAAAAAGAAAAAUAAAUACUCAAGUUGUUCGAGAUCCUCAGUUUGUAGCGCUAAUCGAAGAAUAUAAAGUGACACGUGGCAAUAAGCCACUUUACGAUUGUGAGUAUCGUACGUCCAUUAUUCAAGAAGAAGCUCGUAAAAUGAAUCGUGAAUUUAAAACAAGUUUCUUGAAACAUUUCGAAACUAGAUUGACGAGAUUGGUUCAACAUCUUUUGUCAUCUAAAGAUAAUGCUUCAAACUCUGAUGCUGCCGAUGACGCGGAAGAAGAGAAAAUUGUGAAGGAUGCUCUUGAUGAUGAUGAUGGUGCGGAAGCUGAGAGAAUUUUAAAAAUGGCAAGACAACAGAGACACAAUGAAAAGAAGCGAAGGUAUCGCAAAAAAUUCAAAGCAAAACGUCGCAAGCUAAAAAAGAUUGAAGCAACAGCAGCAGCAGCAGCAAGAGAAGAAAAUCAUCGUAGGACUGCCAAGGAAAUUGCAAAUUUGAAAAUUCAAGAAAGAAGAGAAAAUCGUGCCAAGGACAAUUCACAUCGUGAGAAAGUUUUUUCAAAGCGAAAAACUCGAAAAAGAAGAAAACAUCCAAAAACUCAUGGGAAAAGAAAGGAUAUGGCCUUAAAGAGUAGGUGGUCGAGCUCUGCAAGUAGAAUUCGCAACAACACUGUUAGCACGAGAAAAGAAGCUAUUCAAGUUGUUGAAAAUCUUCUCAACAACAAUGAUUGCGACAUUGCCGAAUUUAAUAAUUUUCUGAAUCCCCAAGAAGAGUUGAACUUUCAAAACAUGAAACAAUACGUGAACGAUGAUGGUGAGGACGAUGAUCGCAAUUCUGAAUGGACAAAAUUCAUUCCAUUCAUGAUACGUGUUCAACAAUACUUUCACGACAACAAUAUUCACAAUUUUGUUCUUGUACCGCAAGCUCAACUCGGCAUUGCACAUGUAUUAUAUUCCAAUACAGGUCUGGAAGAUUUAAAGAAGGGUGCCGAGCAGGAUGUAUUUUUGAAAAAAGAAUUGCAGAUAAGGCGGCAGUCAAUUCCUUUUAAACAGAAGCAACUCCAAAUCAAAGAGGCCAAAACUUGCAAGGAAGUAGAAAUCAAUCGAUUUUUACAAAUCAAGAAUAAAAUUCAAAGAUGGGAGUACAUGUUUGACAUUUCCAGCACGGAAAGGGGCAAAGUUGGUGCAUUUGCUGAAGUGAUGACAACAAAUGGCGUCGAUGCUUCAAUAAUAUUUAAUGUUCCAAAAAUGGAAUCGGUUGAAAAAAAGGAAGGCCCUGCUCCGGAAACUCGUUUCAAAGUCUUUUAUGGUUUCGAUCCCGGCAAGAAGGCGACAUUGGGUGGUGUAAGAAGAGUUCGUGGUGCACAACCGUCAAUGGAGGACAAAUUGAAGGAUAAUCACAUUUAUUUAAAGAGCAGCAGUUUUCGUUGGCAGAUGAGUGAUUUCAGAAGAAGGGAAAGAAAAAAGGAAUUUGGUCUGGAUCUUCAAAAAUAUUAUAAACAGUAUGUGCUUGAAAAUCCAGAAAGAAUGGCCAAUUUUUCAAAUACCAAUCCGCGAGAUUACAAGAGAAUCAUCGAGUAUAAGCUGCAUCUGUUCCAAAGAUUUCAAGAGUUGCACGAGCAAAAAUGUGUGGUGCGUUUAAAAAUGGACAAAUAUAUUUCGCGUCAGAGGGAAUGUGAAAAAUUGGUGAAUUUCUUCAUUGGAGACACUUUUCGAAAACCUUGUUUUGUGGCUUUUGGUAAUGCAUCAUUACCAAACUUUACACGUGGCUACGUUGGUACAGCGUUGAAUCAAUUGAAGAGAACGUUUGUUAAUCGAGCAAAACAACUUGGUGACAAACGCUUGAAAUUCGUUAAAGUAAAUGAGUAUCACACGACUGCGCUGUGCAGCAAUUGCUGCUUUGAUGUGAUAAAAUCCAAGAGUCCGCACAGAUUUCUGCAGUGUAAUAAAUGUCGCACUACCUGGGAACGUGACAUUAACGGUGGACGAAAUAUUCUAAACGUGGGACUCAUCGAUGAGGGAAUAAUCCCCAAGGAAGCACCAUUUGACGAAGCGACUUUCCAUUAUAGGAAUAAUUAAUUUUUAUAGACGUUUUCAUCAUUCGACGCCUUCCUUAUUGUCGUUAUCGUCGCAACUUCGUUAACUUUGUUUGUUCACCGUCUUCAUCAACAAAUCAACGAUUCAAAAAAAAAAAAUUAUAUUCGCGCCUGGCAGCCCUCGAGGAAGUGGGGACACUCUGUUCUGCACCCUAGAGGCGGCAUAUCGGGUCUUCAAGUUUACUUGAUUGCAAGCUUUUAUGCGUACUGGCCCCUUAUGGCUAAAUAAGGGGAGAAGGGACCUCCUCAUUAAUUCUUAUUAUCAUUAUUGAUAAGAAUCAAUAAUGAGGAGAGGGAUUUUUUCAAUUUUUAACAAUUUUAAAUUACUCUAUUUCAUUUUUCUUUAACAAUAGUUUUUUACCAUAGUUUUUCUUUUUUUUUAUUUUAAAAUUCAAAUAAUAUUUCUAUUUUAUAUUCAAUCCAAACAUAACCCUAACAAGUAUGUUUGAUAAGGAUUUCUGUUCUUCCUAGAAAAAAGAAGAACAACAUUUUUCAUGUGGAGAGGAUUAAGUAAAGAACCAAUUAACUCGAGUAUGACAACUGACACCAUGAAGAUCUCAUUUGCAGUGUAUUUUGGUUGAUAGUUCUGUUGGAAUUGCAGUUGUCAGACUGGUGUCGAUAAAAAAGAAAUUUUAGAAUUGGGAUUUGCAGUCUAGUGACAAUGUUCCAUUUUGUUUUUUUCUCUUUCUAUUGUACUAUAAUUAAAAAAAGACGAAACAGGAAAAUGCAGGUGAAAAGUAGUAUAAUCACUAGAUGCACCACUUUGGCAUAUUAAAUGAAGCGAAGACUGCAUUGGCUACAAUGACUUUCUCCUCUCAUGUAUCACAUUUGAAAGCUAGUACCGUGUCAUUUAAAAUGUGGUUUGUAUAAUUUUGUAUAAUUUUUUAUAAUUUUUACUAUUAAUACAAGAAAUGGUGAUUCAAUCUAAAUUGCAUACAUCUUAGUGUGACCUUUGAAACCCUUGUCAAUAAUUUUUAUAUUUGACGGUGCCAGUAGGUGGUGUGAAAAUACUUUUACCAAUGAUCGUUUCAUCAAAUUAUUCAUCACUUGCUUCCUAAUUCUAUCCACUUGAUAUUUUUAUUAAAAUCAAGCAUUUUAUAUACAUUCAUGUAACUCCAAAUAUUUAUAGUAUUUUUUAAGUUAUUAAUUGUUAUUAAAAUAAUUCCAGUACGUCAAGAAUUCGACAACAAUACCUGAGAGAGAUAAUAUUUUUUUUUUUUUGAGAAAAAAUAUAUAUUUUGAAACAAAGCACUGGAAUAAAAUUCUUGUGAAUUAAGAAUACACAUCCAUACAAAUUGAUAUUAAAACCUAUCGAUUACACAAUGCCCACAAAUUAAGGUUUAUCUCCAUGUUCCUUUUUUUUUUCAUCUCUGCAACCCCUAUGCUGCUAUAUAUAUAUAUAUAUAUAUAUACAUCUAAUAUUUUAUUGUGCAAUGGGGACAAAUACAUCUUUCUUUAUGGGAGUGAUUCACUGAUAGCUGUGCGAUUUUUUAAAAAAUUGCUGUUAUUUUAACUUUUAGCUCUUUAAUUUCACAAUAUGAAGGAAUAAAAAUCGUUUUCAUAAUUUCAAAAAUAUUCCUCUUCGUCAAAUAUGCUCUAUUCGAAAAGUUAUUGAAAUAAUCCGUUUAUUAACUCGAAGAGAAAUUUCUUUAUGAUUGAAUCAGUAAUAAGUACAGUUUAUUUUAAACGAAUCUUUUAGGAUAAAUGAUAUGUAUGUAUUUUUUGCUAUAUCCAUCAGUUAUUCUUGAAAUACAAUAACUUUUGAGAAGUAAAA